AACUAAAAAAAAAUGUUCACGCACAAUUUGAUGUUCCUCUCCUCCCUCAUCACUGCCUUCGUCAUCUUCUGGUUAGCCGGUAAUAGCACUGCCGUCUCUGGUCGGCGCUCUUCAUCAUCCACCACCUCUGGUCCUCCCAUCGCCACCACCUCCUCUCCCUCCACUGUUCCAAGCGCGCCCUAGCUUCCUCAGAAGCUACCAAAUUCAUCGGAACACUAUCAUUCCCUGCCUGAAUUGAUGAUUCUUCAUUCUGUCACUGCUUUCAUCUCGCGUUUCUCUCCAAAUCAAUGACACAUGAACCUAUUAUCAAGUCUCAGAUACAGGAUCUUCCAAUCCACCACCAUCUCCUUCUCACCCUUCAUCCUCUUCCACCAAAGACGAUGGAAGAAACCCACCAUUUCAGCUCAAACCCGUUUGGAAGACAGGGUAAGAGACCCCCACCUCGACAACUUCAUGACCCACCUCAAAAAACUCUACCUCGUCCUCGGAUUCCACAACCUCAUGUCGAAUCGUAAACGGGGUCCAUUCGUUUCCCUUCAGCUCAUGUCUCGUUGGAGAAACAUCCUCGGACUCAAUGUCACUGUCGGGUCCUUCCUCCACAAGUACCCUCAUGUUUUCGAGGUGUUUGCGCAUCCUUUUAGGAGGAACCCGUGCUGCAGAUUCACGAGGAAGAUGAAGGAGCUGAUUCUCCUGGAAAGGGUUGUUGUGAAGGAGCUGGAGAUGGAGGCUGUGAAGAGGGUGAAGAAGCUGCUCAUGAUGUCUGUGAAUGGAACUCUUCGCGUUCACGCGUUGAGGUUGGUGAGAAGAGAAUUGGGUCUUCCUCAGGAUUUCAGGGACUCCAUUCUUGGGAAGUACAGUGGUGACUUCAGGUUGGUUGAUUUGGAGGUUGUGGCAUUGGUUGGAUGGGAUGAUGAAUUGGGUACGGCGCAGGUUGAGAAAUGGAGGGAGAAAGAGUAUACAGAGAAGUGGUUGAGUGAAUUUGAGACUAAGUUUGCAUUUCCCAUUAAUUUCCCAACUGGGUUUAAGAUUGAGAGAGGGUUUAGAGAAAAGCUGAAGAAUUGGCAAAGGCUUCCUUAUACAAAGCCUUAUGAGAGGAAAGAGGUCAUUCGGGUUAGAACUUGUGGAGGGGUGCAGCGAUACGAGAAGAGGGCUGUUGCUGUUCUUCAUGAGCUUUUGAGCUUGACUGUGGAGAAGAUGGUUGAGGUUGAUCAAUUGGCUCAUUUUCGGAGGGACUUUGCGAUUGAAGUUAAUGUGCGUGAACUACUGCUAACGCACCCGGGGAUAUUUUACAUAUCUACUAAGGGAAAGGCUCAAACCGUUUUUCUUAGGGAGGCAUAUAGCAAAGGGGGUUUGGUUGAGCCUAAUCCUGUGUAUACUGCUCGGAGGAAUAUGUUGGACCUUAUACUAUUAGGUCGGAGGAAAACCAAACAAUUUCUAGAUUGUGAUAGUAAGUCUAAGGAAGAGAGCAAUGCUGUAGUAUAUGAAUUAGAUGAUGAGGGAGUUCAAAGACAAGGAGAUUGGGUGAUUCCAUUCUUGGAGAGUUGUGAGCAGAACAGAACCCCAUGAUAUUGUGAAGGUAGCAGAGGCAGCAGCUGCAUAUUUGAAGAAUUCACCUAAUUAGUUAUUUGAUCAUUAGUAAAUGUUCUGCUGUGAGUUCUCAUCUCUUCGAAGCUUUUGAUCAAGAGAAUUCACGAGUGUGGUUCGAGGUGUAGCAUUGUGAUACUGAAAUGGUACAUUCUUGCAUUUCAGAGGUUUAAGGUAUCACUUUUUGACAAAAAAGAAGCUUGGUUACUUUAUUGACUUUCGAUUGUACUCUCAGCUGUUAGCAAAAGCAGUAACUGUUUGCAGCUGCUUCUCACUUGUAGUAUGGUUAGAAUGCAAGUGGUAUUCUUCUUGAUAGAAUAGAAGGCAAGCUCUCCUUUGUCAGAUCGCUAUGUUUAUUAUCAGUUCAUAAUUCAAUUUUAACUACAUCAAUCAGCUUUGAUAUGACAAAAAUAGAGUAAUAUUUUGGAAA